AUGGCGAGUAGUUUGUUUAAAUCACGUCUGUUGGAUUUCUCAUCACCAUCAGUAAAACUUUAUGGAUAUAAAAGUAUCAGUCGUGCAGAAGAGAAAACGCUAAUUGAACGUCUCUGUAGGCCAACAAUGUCAUUUUUACAAGCUCAAAUAUCUACGCAUGCUAAUUAUCAAAAUCAAACUGAAACACUGGAUCUAAGCAGUUUAAACUACAAUGGGGAAAAUAUCCCUGUAUCAUUGGGAGAUUAUGCUAGCCAGGUGUCAACAAAUUAUUCAAUCGAUACAGAGUCCCAGUCGGUUUCAUCCAUGUCUUCAAGUCGAUUGGUUGAUCUCAGAUCAGUUAACGAUUAUGAAAAGGUUGCUGAUAAAUUAAAUAAACUCGCUGAGUUAUGGAAUAGAAACAGUAAAGUCAAUAAAUUAUCCCCACCAUGUGCAUGUGAACGUGGUGCAUUAUUAUUAAGAGAGGAUAGUGAAAAAUGGGCAAAACAUAACCAAAGUCAACGUUCUAGUCGUUGUUCAAACAUCUACCGCCACGAUCAUCAUCAUCAUCAGUAUAAUCUUGAAGAACCUGUUGAUUGGGAAAUAGUCAAUAGAAUUGUACGUCGACUACACACUAGUCGUACAGCUGGAUCUGAUGCUCGUCAAAAAGAAAGUCGACUAAUGCUAAAAAUGUUAGCCAAACGAAAAGCGCCUAAUACUGCUGCGCCUAAUUCUCAUCCACCUGAAAGUAAUCAACAAUUUUCUAAUCCGCGAUUACAAUCUAACCUAUUCGACAGUAAGGGUAAAUUUAAGCCUAAACAAUUUAUUGAUCAAUGGGAAACUUUACAAGUUGAUAAUCAUAUACUGAAUAGAAUUUCAAGGCCAACUACAUCAAGUCAAUUAAAACGUCGUAUAGGUUGUAUGAUAUGCGAUGCAAAACCGUCGGCUAAAACAUCUUUAGGUGUAGUGAAUACAUAUUCUAAAAAUGAUAUUUCUUAUCCUACAAGUCAUUGUUUUCAUAAUAAAAAAGAAGAAAGCGAAAUAGUUGAACGUAUUCUACAACCAACAAUUGCUUCACAGGCUGACAAGUGUAGAUGUAAACGAUCCUAUCGAUUUGAACCACAUCCAACAACAACAAGAAAAAUAUCCUCUCAACAUAAUUCAUCAACUAUUGAAUUAAGCGGUGAAUCAAUAAUUCAUCGAUUAAAUAAUUCAAAUAAACAAUUACCAUUAAUAAGUGGCCUUGAAAGAAGUUCAAGUAUCAAUUCUAUUGUACACCGUUUAUAUUCAGGUAAAUGUCAACGAAUAAAUUGUCAUGUAAAUAAACAGGUUAAACAAGAAGCUAAUUAA